AUGUGUAAGAAACUGAAGAAUGAACUGGGCAAGGAAGAGCAAGCGAAAAUAAAGCAGCGACUCACCUCAAUGACUUGCGCUUUUUUCACUUUGAGUGACCACUCAACGGAAGACAAUUCUUUGCUCAUUAGGGAAUCGUCUCAACAAGGACAGCGCACUGCAGGACCCAUAUUUUACAAAACGGCUAGCCAGGCUAUCACCCAUCGCAAGACAAAAUCAAGACAAUACCUAACAACAUUCACGAUGAAGAGAUCUUUUAACUUGCAGCUCCUUGCGAGCUCACGAAGUUAUUACCUAGGGACGUUUCCUCAUAUCGUCAAAAUCCUCACCGCUGAAGCAACAAAUGACAAUGACGUCGAACAUGGCCUCAUCCGGAUGUCGCCAAGCGCGCGUGAAAGCGAUCAUAAAGACGAUGAUGAGGAUUGUGAAGGUUUCGAACGCGUUCCCAUCCUUCUGGAUCACUUCACUGUUACUGGACCUGGGGGAGACCGACGACAUUUUUGUCUUGUCCAAAAUUUGUAUAGUACAUUUGUCUCCGCGCUACGCUGCUCUUCCCCGACCAAUUCCCUACCGGUGUAUAUGGUUUGCCACCCCAUCUAUAUGGCUCUCCAAGGUCUUACUGCUCUCUAUUCGCUUGAUAUUAUUCACACCGAUAUCAAACCUGACAAUAUACUAAUACACAACCUCGAUUAUUCUGACGAGGAAAGAUCAACAAAGUUCCUUGCUGUUAAUCCAGUGGAGACUCUGGAGAAUGGGUCUCCCAAGACACAACAUAUCCCUCAUAGAUGGACGUAUAAGAGCUUGGAUUUCUCUCCCGCUGUGGAUAUCUGGGCGAUAGGGUACCUCACAUUUGAACUACUCGUGGGACGCUGCCUCUUUUAUCCCGAAGGUGGGAAAGAAGUAGAAAGUUGGAGUGUGGAGGACGACCACCUGGCGAAGAUGAUGGAGCUUACAGGUCAACAGCGGGACAAGGAUUUUGAGAAGGAUGGUGACCUCCUUCGACGCGUCCAUGACCUGAAACCACCGAUCACCCUCGAGGAAGCUUUAAGAAGGAAUUCCGACUCGGAGUCCAAAAUUCCGCCGGGGUCAACCGACCAUUGUAUUGUGUUAGUGACAGACUUUAUCGAGAGAUGUUUGAAAUUGGAUCACAACGAUCGAGCGACGACACCAACAAGUCCUAUCCAAGAGAAACAUAUUGGUUAA